CCCUACGCAGGUUGAGGCUCUCGAUACUCCCGGUUUCCAAGGUACAGGAUUUUCAGUUGUUUCUGCGACAUCUCUGUUUCGAGGAGAUAUCGCGAUUAGGCGACGCCGUCUGCCGAUUAUGACAUAAAGAUAUCGGAACUUUUCCAGUAAAAUGGAGCAAAAUAUGCAAAGUAACAACGUAAACAGGGCACCCGUGGAGUCGCGGCCUAACAGUGGAUUUAAUAACGGUGACCCUGCAGCUUACAAUCAGCAAGUUCGCCCGCAGCUUAUAAGAACAGAUUCUAGGUCGUCGCUAUCAUCACAACCACAACAGCAAAGACCGGGUCUACCGCCACAACAGAGGCCGCAGUUCCAACCCGGCGGUCCAGUUAACAACCCACCGUUUGGUCCGCGUUCUGCACCACCAGGACCCCCAAACCAACGAGCGCCUGUACCAGGUGGCGUUCCAGGUUCGCCUCAACUACGUCCUCAAUCUCCACUAUAUCGUCCUGGUACUCCACUCAAUCAAACCCCGCAGAGUCCAAGGCCGAUAAACCCAGGCGUUGGAGCGCCGCAAAGGGCGCCCGUUCCAAACAAUCUUCAGUUUGGUCCGAGACAGCCACCGCAGCUGGGCAACCCUACCACACCUGAGGGUGCAAAACCUCAAGGCAAUUUUCAAUUUAACGGAAAUCAGCGUCCAGUCUCUAGUCCAGCAAACGUACAAAUUACGAAGCAACCUUCUCAGACCUCACUAAAAAGUUCUGAUUCUGUUACUUCAUCUCCGUAUAAGCCAGUCAACCUGGAUAACCAAAACGUGUCAAAUGAUAAUGAGAAGAACAAUAAAAUGGAUGAUAUCACUGAAAUGUCCGGGCCGGUCAAAGGUAGGAGCUACAGUAUUGCAGCCGCACCUGGUAUGCCGAGCCCCUUUAAAAUGGAAGAUGAUAGACGCAAAUCUAUAAGUUCUCUCAGUGGUAGAUAUGAUGAUUUGAGUGGCCGCAGUUCUGGUCUAGAUUUGAUUCAAGAAGUAAAAAAUAGCAGUGAUAACAUUCGUAGCUCAAAAGAGAGCAUUAAAUCAGAAGUAUCUAAUGAAGCCAAUCGAGAGAAUACAGACCGUCCAGAAUCUCGAAUGUCUGGCUCUAAAAUGACAGAAUCUUUUAUGGGAUCUCUAUCAAACUUAUCAAAAAAGAAAGUUGACGACGAUGAUGAUGUUGUUCUUCAAAACAACUCACUGUCUGUAAAACAAGAGGAAUCUCAAAAUAAAACCGACCUUUCAGACCGUUCUCCAUCAUUAACUCGAAGUGAUGAAUCUCCUGAACCAAAAAAUGUUUCGCAAAGCUCUGUUAUAUCAAACAAACCCCAAACUCCUACACCAGAACCACAACGGCCAAAAACACCUAAAACUAAUAAUUUAAAGGAUGAAUUACAUUCAAGCGAAAUAAAAAGAGUGGAAACACCAACAAAGCCCAGUCCGAAAUCCCCAAUGCCAGAGAAAAAAAUACCAACAAUGACGUCACCAUUACCUCCAUCUAAUAUGAAUAUUCCAACUGAUAUAAAAACAGCUACAACUCCUAAUGAUUCCAAAAAAUCGACACCACGGAAAAUUAAUUCUGCACCAAAACCACGGCCUAAAGAUGGUGACAACGAUAGCGGCGUUGAUGAGUCUACUCAGGGCAAUGACUUAAACGGCUCACCAAGCUCACCAACUAAAAGAUUACCCAGUAAACUACCAACAAAAGAGAAAGAAAAAUCAAGCAGUAGUCUAAAACAAAGUUUAUCACGAUCGUCAAGCAAAAGUGCUACGGCAAAAACACCAGAAAAUCCUCUUCCAAAUGAGAAAAAGAAAGUUCCAAUGAAUAAAAUUCAAGUAGGUGGAGCACCAUCACCAAACAUCAAGGCAGUUAAAUCAAAGAUCGGCUCGCUAGACAAUACAACAUACAAACCUGGCGGUGGAAAAGUCAAAAUAGAAAACAGGAAACUCGAUUUCAACAAAGUAACACCGAAAAUUGCCGCCAAAAAUGAAGCUUACAUACCUAGCGGUGGAACCAAGAAGAUCACAACAACAAAAUUGGAAUGGAAUGCAAAGUCUAAGAUUGGAUCCUUACAAAACACUUCAUACAAGCCAGGUGGCGGAGAUAAGAAGAUCGAAACAGUGAAACUAGAUUUCAAAGAAAAAGCGAAACCAAAGGUGGCUUCUACAGUUAAUAUUACUCACAAACCAGGAGGUGGCGACGUAAAGAUUGAAAACCAAAAACUGGAAUUCAAAGCCCAAAGUAAAGUCGGUUCCCUGGAUAACGUGAAACACAAACCCGGUGGAGGAGAAGUGAAAAUAUUUGACGACAAAGAAUAUUUGAAGCAAGUCAGUGGACAGUCGCCUCUCCCCAGUAGUCACGAUCACUCGCGACAAGAGCCUGAGUAUUUGUAUUCAUUUUACUGAAGUGAGAGCCCGGUGCCGCAGUCUACGCAGGCGCCUAAAUCUGACGAGAAUCUGAACCAAGCGUCGUGUUAAAGCACAGAUGGAUCACACAUCUUUUUUAAUGUUUAUAUACCUUACUAACUGUCCAAUUUUUACAAUGUUUUUGUUAAAAGUGGUCUUACUUCCAUUAUAACUAAUAACUACUCCACGAAUGUGUCCAAUACUAAACAUAUUUUUUAUUUACCUAACUGCACUUAAUUUAACAUUUUUCAAAAUUUAUCUUCUUUACUGACAUUUAUAAUCAUUCAUCAGUGCCAAUAUUUAUCUUUAGCAUAUAUUCACUUAUUAUAAUUUUUGUAUUUUUUUGUAAUUUGCUCGUGAACUUCAAAUCUCAGGAAGAGGAUAGACUAUAGAAUUAGCUUUUAGAAACUAAUUCUAAGUCCGUAUAUUAUAUUAUUAUUUAAGGUUACCAACCUAUUUAAAAUAAUUUUUUAUAUUCAUUUGGAUCGUUUUCUUACCGUACUCUAUUAGUGGAAAAAUAUUAUUAUCUAACUUCGUCAGAAUACGUGUUAGUGAACAAGGGUAAAAUAAAUAGAUUUACGAUAUUAAA